AUGCCGCACUUCGAUGGUCUAUUCUCAGUCGUCAUCGAAACUAGACGCUAUCCAGUGAAAGCUUCUCCUCCUUCUCGGAGUGAGCGAGGAGGAGGAAGAAGAGGAAGAAGCUGUUCACUUCUUCAAACGAUUAUGUUGAGACUUUUGUCGGUGGAUGAGAACUCGCUCGGACCCAGUGCUAGAACUUCCCUCCUGACAGCAUGUACCGUAUUCUAUGCUCUCUUCCUCACAAUAUUCUCAUUGGUCCUAGAACUUGCUCAUCUUUUGAACGAUGAAGAAUCCAGGAAGCUUAACAAGAAAGAUAUUAUCUUUGGACUCUACAUGUACGGUGGAUCUCUCGUCUUCUUUUUCUAUAUGUACAUUGUUCUUCUUCUGAAUCCUAGAUGGUACUCAACAAUGGAUUAUUUAGGGAAAAUGUUUGGAGUUUGCCUGACGCGACCCAAAGUUAGUCCAUCGUCGGAUUCGCUGAGCUCGGCAGCAGCUACUGUAAGAAAAGUGACGCAUAGCAGUCCAUCGGCUGGCAGUCUCUUUUUGAGAUUGGGAUCUGUUGUAUUCGGAGUGACGGGAGUUGUUUAUUAUGCGUUCCUGGUAUUCCUCUGUGAGUUGGACACCAAUUGUUCUGCUUUAUCAACGUCUCUGGAUGUCUGUGCAAUAUUUUUUAUUUUUAUCCAAAUGCAUUUUAUAUUUUGCAACUGGAAGUUAUCAAUAACUGGAUCUCAUAUGGUUGCAAGGAUUGGAACAAUGCACUUGGUUGCGGCAAAUCUUUGGACCUGGAUUAGAUAUGUAUUAAUGGAGGAGGGAGUAAUGGAGAAGGAGAUAAGAGAAGUAUUCAAACAUCGACCGAUGAUGGGCCACUACCGUAAUCUAUCCUUCGAUUCUUCUGAAUCCUCUCAAGAACAAUCUUCUGAAAUGUUCUCGUCACAUGAAGAUGAACACGACAAGAAAAUCGUCGGAAGUUGUCAAGCUGUUGAGUGUUUUCUAGGAAGUCUUUCCGAAAUUAUGUUCACAUCGAUUGUCGAAUACUCUUUGAUUGCUGCCGCUGUUAUGUAUAUUGUUUGGAGAAAUAUUGGACGUCAAGACCAUGGAUCCACCUACGUAAAACGGAAACACCAAAUCCGUGUCGAUUGCUCUAAAACUACUACUGGUCUGUUUUUGGGGUUGGCGUUUCUGGCAGUCACAUUCACUUCGAUGGUUGUUUAUUAUGGUUUUACAAUGAUGAAUAAAUCAAAGGACGCAGCGUUUGUGUAUGCGUUUACGGAUAUGUUCCAAUAUGUCUUAUCUACAAUCGGAGUACUUACGGCUAUUUAUCAAAUGCGUGCUCUUAAAUAUUUCAACAAAAAGACCCACAUUCAGAAUUCGGACCAAGAACUUUUGGACCAAAUUUUAUUAUCUAUUGGUCUAGUUGGCGAACUCAUCUAUUCAGUUGCUGGAUUAGUCGGAUUGACUGGAGAGAAACAAUGGACUAAUUUCUCCUUUGUUCUGUUAUUCGUGCAUAUUUUCAGAUUGAUCCAGGUUGGCACUCAAACCUUCUUGUUACACGUGGCAAGAAGUGUUCGGAUGGGAUGUGAGGAUCGAGAAGCGCAACCGGGAAAACAAGCGAUCACAUUUUUGCUGACUGCAAAUCUUGCGAUUUUCUUCAUGAACUUAUUUGAGAGUGAAAAAGCCGGAGUGUCAGAAAUUAUUAUAGAAUACUAUGGAAAACGAUCUUGGGUGUUUCUGGUACGAAGCUUCUCUCCAUUGACCAUCUUUUAUCGGUUUCAUAGUUCCGUUUGUUUUGCGGAAAUCUGGAAAAAUGUGUAUGCGGCGAAAACUCAUCCGGUUCACAAUUCGGCGACGUCGACGGCGACUCCAAUCAAUAUUUAG